AUGACAUCCUACGGAAAUUCUUCGGAUACCUUAUUUUCUAAUUCACCUGAAUAUUUGGUUUGCAAUAAUAAAGAUGAUAAUACACAUUCUGAUCCAAGUACUUCAAAUGAUGGAGGUAAAAGAAGAAGUCAAGUUUGGAAUUACUUCACAGAUCCAUACCCUUCACCCGGUGAAACUCGUAAAGUGAUGUGUAAAUUUCCCGGAUGUAGGAAGGAGUUAUCCUAUUCGAGUGCUACUUCAUCAUUAAGAUAUCAUUUAACAACCCACAAUGUUAAUGCAAAUGCAAAUAAACAAUCUAAAGGUCUCAUUGAGAAUCGUAGAAAAAAAAAAUUUAAGAAACAGAAAGAACUAUCCCUUUUGCCCAUUAAGAUCUAUCAACCCCCCAAAUUGACAAAUUCACAAAUGGUUAAUUCUUAUAAUCAACUGCUUUCUAAACUACGGAAUAUGCUUCAACAGGUUGAAUCUGUAUCAUUAGCAAUUGUAACUUGGAAGCUUGGAAAUUACGGUUCUUAUACGGAGACAACUUGUCAUUGGAUUUCUGAUGAUUUUCAGUUACACGAAGUUCUUCUAGAUAUUGUUCGAGCCGAAGAAGG